GCAUGAGUUCAGAGUCUAUGAAAGUAAGGGCGGUAUGAUAUGCUACACUCGUAAAUUUGCAUUAUGUUGAUAUUUUCAAAGGUACAACAAUAAAAAAUGCAACAAGAUGCUUACAUUUUAAGGAAUAUGGAUGUGCAGAAAGUGUCUAUGAUUUAUUCAUUAGUGGAUGUGUAACAAACAGCUACUGUUAUUGAUAAUUGAGCAGUAUCAGUAAUUAAAUCAGGAAAAAAUGAGGACAAAAAUGGCCGUGGGAGAUAUAAAUCAACAGUGUAUGAAUAGACUGAAUAUUGGACCAGUACAUGGUUCCGAUCUUAUUCCAUUGAAACGGAUUUAUCAGCCAAAUAUGACAAGUUAUAAUAAAAAACGUGAACGGAGGGAGCGUCAUAUAAAGCAAAUGUUGAAACAACGGGUCCGAGAGGAAAGUGGUUUGAGCGGAAUGACGUCAGCACUUUUUGAGCUGGCAGUUAACAGCACAGAUAUUAUUGACUUUACAUUAGUGGAGCUUUGGAGACAGAACCGUCCAAAACCAGUGGAGCCGAUAGAUUACGAGACCUACGUACUGAAAAACAAAGUCCUCCUUCACAAUGACCCGCACCGAGAAUUGCUCAUGUUCCCGCAUGAUGAUGUACAAAUUCCUGCCCCAACUCCUGCCAAGAAGAUCCGAACCAUCCAUUCCACCGUCCCCAAACUGUCCAAUGAGAAGUCAGGAAAUCUGCUGGUUGACGAGUGCCUACGUACGUACACAGACACGUGUCACAUGGUCCAGUUUAAAUAUAGUAAAUACUCUGGUGGAUACCAACAGUUACCCAACAUAAGAAAACCUACCAGCCUACCAGACCAGGUGUUUGAAAUAGAUACUGAGAUGGACGAAAGGGAUAUAGAAGACUCAUUGAGUAGAAGUUAUUCCAAUGCAUCUGUUGCUCAAACACAAAUUACGAAGGCAGGCUGGUUGUAUAAAGGUCCUGACAGUGGGAAAGAUACUGUCAUUAGUUUUACUAGGCAAUUUAAGAGAAGAUAUUUCUGUAUCAAACAGCAGGCAGAUCAGACAUACAGUUUAGAAUUUUUUAAAGAUGACAAGAAAAGUGAAGCGAAGGGUGUUAUAUUCCUGGACUGUGCUCAGGAAGUAGUGAAGAAUUCUAAGAAAGGGAAGCAUUGUUUUGAGGUACGGAUGCCUGACAAAGCUUAUGUGUUUGCUGCUGAAAGUGAGGCUGAGAUGGAGGACUGGAUAAAAACUCUUGAUAAAGUUAGAACUGCUGCUGAAACAUUGUCACAAGUCUCUCUGGAGAGAGGCAGAGAUGAAAUAUUCUCCCCAGGUAAAAUAGAUGAUAAGGCAAUAGAGAAUAUGGUUCAUCCCGAAUUGACAAAGUACGCCAAGGAAUCCGAGUCCAUGAUGCAGAAGGCGAGACAAGAAGGACGUCAGAAUCUAUUCAAUGUCUACUCAAACAUGGCUAGAUAUAUAGAUGAUGAUGAAGAAGAGGAAAUUGGUCCGGAGGUGGAUGUUUAUCCAAAACAGUUUGGCGAGAGGUUUAUGUUACGUCUGCUAGAUUUUCGUCUUAAGUUACAAGUUAAUCUGGCAGAAGAAGGUCAUGGCAAUAAACAUUGUAAUCCGGAACCAUUCUACCUGACCUUCACCUUGUACGAUGCCAAGGAUGGUAGGAAGAUAUCAGAGGAUUUCCACAUGGAUCUGAAUGAAGCUGAAAUAGAAAAGAUGAUCCCAGCAGACGUCAUGUCGGCAUCUGACAGACUACAUACAGUGGAGGGAAAGUCUACAUCUCCUGAACUAAAUGGCUUAGAUGAAAAAUGGCUGCUUUCAAAACAGAAGCAGGGUGUAUUUUCUGUGAUACGUAGGCAUUCAGAGAUUUACCUGUAUGUGAAGAUAGAGAAGGUCCUACAGGGCCCCAUCUCACAGUCCGUGGAGCCCUACUUGAAGGGAUCAGACCCUAAAACUGGCAGCAAAGUGUACAGACAGAUGAAACAGUUCUGUUCUCAUAUAGGUCAUCACAGAAUGCCGUUUGCGUGGUCAGCUAGACCUCUUGCCACCAGCAGUCAUGGACCUUGUGAGAUGCCAAUAUACAAACAAGAAAGUUCCAAAAUGUCCGAGGAAGAGAUUAUCAAACAUCUCCAAGAUUUAAGAAGACCAGAGAAACAAAGUAAAUGGCAGACGAUUCCUGGUGUGUUGAAAAUAAGUCUUCAUCCAAUUAAAGCCGACCAGCCACUUGAAAAUACUGUUACAUCAUCAUACGUUCCUGUGAAACCAUUCCCUUCCCCACCCACCAACCCACCUGCUGUAGAAAUAGAGGAAUUUAUUCCAGAGAAAGGCCAGUUCAACAACCCUCACAAUUCCUACGUGAACAACCUCUACGUGUAUCCCAUCAGUCUUAAAUAUGAUAGUCAGAAAUCUUUUACCAAGGCGAGGAAUAUAGCGUGUUGUGUGGAGAUCAGAGAGUCUGAUGAUGAUCAUGUAGUUCCAUUGAAGAGUAUCUACGGUACAAAUGGCCCCUCCGUGUUCACAAGUGUAGCCAGCACCACUGUCCUGCAUCAUAACCAAACACCAGAAUAUUUAGAGGAGGUGAAGAUUGCAUUACCUCCAUUGAUACAUGAGAAACACCAUAUUCUGUUCAGGUUUUACCAUGUGAGUUGUGAAGGGUCAAAGGGCUCCACCAAGAAGAGGGAUGGCAUUGAAAUGCCAGUAGGAUACGCCUGGAUACCACUUCUUCAUUCCACUGGAAGGGUUGAGGUAGGAGAAAAGACAUUGCCAGUGGCAGCUAAUCUUCCAGUGAGGUACUUGUCUCUGGAUCACCACGGUGCUGGUAGAACUAGUUCAUCAGCAGACGUAAAAAUGGUUGACAGCGGAAAGCCUGUAUUCAAGAUCAAGUUACAGCUUAACUCUACAAUCUACACCACCGAUCAGCAUUUACAUACAUUCUUCUUCCAUUGUCAGAAAAUGUUAGGGUCCGCAUCACCAGGUCCAGACAGUCUCAAUAAACUCAAGGUGUUUGAAAAAGUUGCGAAUGUAGCAGACACGGUGGAGCAAACAUACGUUCUGAAUGCUGUAAAGUCACUACAUGCUGUAGAUGUAAGCACCUAUAUACAGUUCCUACCUACCAUACUGAACAUGUUGUUCAAACUUGUAGCCAACACUCAGAGUGAAGAUAUAUCAAUGAAUGCUGUCAGGGUUGUUAUACACAUUGUGUCUGAAGUACAAGAUGCUGAAAAACUUGAAAUGCUGGAAAAAUAUGUCAAGUAUAUAUUCCGAGCAGAACAUAUUCCAAGGGGCAGCAAACAUAAGACUGUACAUGAAGAGCUUGCUAAAAGUCUGACGAUGAUUCUACGGCCAGCGAACGCAGAUCAGGUGGUCGUCACAAAAUUUCUCAACAACUCCUGGUUCUUCUUCGAAGUACUCAUCAAGAGUAUGACCCAAUACCUUAUUGAUGGUGAAAGAGUGAAGAUGCCAAGAAAUGAGAGAUUUUCUAGUGAUUACCAGUAUAAGUUACAAACUUUGAUACAGACUAUAACCCCUUACAUUACCAGCAAGUACAAGGAAGCUGCCAGAGAAUGCAGAAAUGCAAACUUCAGUCUUGCCUACUUUGUAAAAAUGUGUUUCACGCUGAUGGACAGAGGUGUGGUGUUCCAGCUUAUAUCUCAUCAUCUACUCAGCUUUGCUGUAGUAGAACAUAGGAUACUUCAUGAAUUUAAGUUUGAAUUCUUGCGGAUCAUCAGCAGCCAUGAACAUUACAUUCCAUUGUCAUUGCCAUUAAUGAGGAGGGGCCUUAUCAAAACAUACAAAGAUUCUUCUAAGAUUGACCAACCAGAAAUUAAAGUACAACCAGAGGAUGGACUUUAUAUAAGUAGUCAUGAUCUGAAAUGUGACUACACGUUAUCGGAGGAAUAUCGUAAGACUCACUACCUUCCUGGGAUGAUACUGCAGGAACUAAAAAUGGCGCUAAACGAAUCAAAAGAAACCCGCCGAUGUGCAAUAAACGUACUCAGAGACCAAUUUGCGAAACAUGCAUUUGAUGACAGAUAUACUAAACCGGCCCUUCAAGGUCGAAUAGCAGCCCUAUACUUGCCAUUGAUAUCAGUUCUCCUUGAGAACAAACAUCGCCUAAUCAAAUCGGACGAAAAAUCACCGGCACAUGUGCCACCUUCAAAACCCAGUUCUGUAGUAAAUGGGGAUAUAAGUUCUGGAAAAAGUGAAAGCAAACCAUCAUCAGUGUCAGGACACACUCCGCAAACCAAACAUCGCAGUGUGAUUUCAAUGCCGCAGCCCACGGAACCAUCGAAACGUGAUUCAUCAGUGUUUGACAUGAUUGCUGGCACAAAAAUACCUUAUGGAAAAGGUAGAAUACAUCAUAGUCAUCUUGGAGUAGAAGAUCUGAAGUCAAAAGUGACCAGGGGAUCGUCUACCUCAUUGGCCAGCUCGGCUUCAUCGACAGACACAAAAACAGACACAAGUCGGGAGAAAGACAAAGGUCACUCAAGACAAAGUUCAAUAACAACACUUAUACCAGGGGCAACACCAGCAUCACCAAAGGUGUACCAGUAUCAAAAACUAGAUGUCACUGAAAUCAAAGAUCUGCUUGUUUGUUUCCUGCAUAUACUCAGAUACUUGCCUGAUGAUAUACUGCUAGGCUGGUUCAACAAUUCCUCGGAGUAUGAUAUAGUGGACUUCUUCUCUUUACUAGAGCUAUGUUUAGAUCAUUUUAAGUACCUUGGAAGAAAGAAAAUUGUGACCCUAAGUGUUAUAGGAGACAGCAGUAUGGGUCGCAAAGGUCAUUCACUGCCAUCACACCGGAAGUCGGCACAAGUACCAGUACCGAAUGGUAGUCUUCCACCCACGUUACGCAGUGUCAGCCAGUACGGAGAUUACCCACCUGAAGCUAUGUUUCAUACAUCACAUGACAAUGAAGAAAUAGUGACCACCUCGUCGGAGGCUGAUGCCAUGAUGAGAGCAUUGUCUGAGGCAAAUAUGGCAACAGAAACUGGUCUCAUUGUCCUAGAUGUUCUUGUUGUUUACACUGAGAAGUUCAAGAGUGAAUUAGCACACAGAGAUGGUGACAAUACCUUGAUGUUAACAGUGUUUGAUUUAUACCUGUCCUUCCUGAAGACCAGCCAAUCAGAAACCUUACAGAAACAUGUGUUUGCUGUAUUGAGAAGCUUUAUUAGAAAGUUUCCAAAUGUAUUAUUCAAAGGUGAUGCAUCACUGUGUGGAAAACUGUGUUAUGAGGUUCUGAAAUGUUGUAACUGCCGAUUAAAAUCUACAAGAAAAGAAGCAUGUAUACUGUUGUACAACUUGAUGAAAGCCAACUUUGAGUUCAGUAAAAAGAAGUCAUUCACACGGGUGCAUCUACAGGUGAUUAUAUCUGUAGCCCAGCUGAUAGGGAAUGUAGUCACACUUAGCAACCACAGGUUCCAGGAGAGUCUCGCUUUGAUCAACAGCUACGCUAAUUCCGAUAAAACCAUGAAUGUGUCAUACGUGUUUCAUAUGUUUGAGCAACAGCUACCUAUGUAUGGAUACGAGAAAACCAAAUUUUCACAUGAAGUUAAAGAUCUCACCAAGCGUAUCAAGACUGUCAUGAUGGCCACCGCUCAGAUGAAGGAGCACGAGCGCGACCCUGAAAUGUUGAUCGACUUGCAGUACAGUCUCGCUAACUCAUACGCCAGUACACCAGAACUGAGGAAAACCUGGUUAGAAUCUAUGGCUAGAAUACAUACAAGAAAUAACAAUCAUUCAGAGGCUGCUCAUUGUUAUAUACACAUAGCUGCAUUGGUUGCAGAGUAUUUAAAGAAAAGAGGAAAAAUUAAAUCAAGUUCAUUCCCCCAGGGUUGUACAGCAUUCAAAUUGAUCUCUCCUAAUGUAGAGAAGGAAGAGUCAGGUAUUAAAGAUGACUCUGGAAUGCAGGAUGUGCAGUAUACAGAGGAGACGUUGGUGACGUACAUGGAAGAAGCGGUUGAAUGUCUGGAGAAAGCAGAGAGGUUUGAAGUGUUGGGAGAUGUUUAUAAACUUAUCAUACCAAUGUAUGAAAGAGCCAGAGAAUUUGAGAAAUUGGCACAAAGUUACCAGAUCCUGGCCGAUGCCUACAGCAAGGUUGUGGAAGUGAUGCAGUCAGGAAGACGUCUCCUCGGAACUUACUUCAGGGUUGCCUUCUUUGGACAGUCAUUCUUUGAGGAAGAGGACCAGAAACAAUAUAUCUACAAGGAACCCAAGGUGACAAGUCUAGCUGAGCUGUGUGAUAGACUGAAAACUAUGUACGAGGGAAAAUACGGCAAAGAUAAUGUCAAACUAAUAAAGGACUCAAAAACUGUGGACCCUAAUGAGUUAGACAACAAGUAUGCAUACAUACAGGUUACACAUGUGACCCCAUUCUUCAAGGAAAAGGAGUUACAAAGACGCUUGACAGAUUUUGAAAAGAACAAUAAUGUUAACUCAUUCAUGUACGAGACCCCAUUCACCAAGGUUGGAAAAGCACACGGAGAAAUUCACGAACAGUUCAAAAGAAGAACUGUACUACUGACCAGUCAUUCCUUCCCAUUUGUAAAGAAGAGAAUAGAAGUAACAAAUAAAACAGAGUGUAUAUUGAGUCCGCUAGAGGUCGCCAUUGACGAGAUGAAUGCCAAGGUUGCAGAUUUACGAGAAGUUGUUGAUCUCGCUAUGCCAGACAUGAAGAAAUUACAGCUCAAAUUGCAAGGAUGUGUCAGUGCACAGGUACAUGCGGGUCCUAUAGCCUAUGCUGAAGCGUUCCUGUCGGAGGAGAAGGUGAAUAAGUACCCUGCUGAGAGAGGUGAAACUCUGAAAAAUAUAUUCAGGGACUUUGUGAAUGUCUGCAGUGAUGGCCUAGAUUUAAAUGCCAAGCUGAUUACUACAGAACAAAAGGAGUACCAUGAGUCAUUGAAGUCAGGUUUUAAUGAGAUCGUGAACCAACUGUCCAAAAUGUUUGGAGAAACGAUCCUGACAAAAGAUAUGGAUGGGCCACAGCGAGGAUCAAUGUCUGUGUUUAACCUUGUAACUACGCCAGGGCCAGGGUCCAGUAUGGCUUGAACCCUUUAUGUUAGCUGCAGCAGACGGAGCUUUUAGCAUAUUUUUUGCAUACGGAUGCCAUAUUAUUUGAUAAAUUUGCGGGUAAUUCCAGAAUUUUUCUGGAACAAUGAUGUUUGCCUUAUACGUAACCUGGAUUUGUUAUAGUUGCGUUGGUGUAUUUUCGUUACAGGAUUUUAUGAAAUGUGAUAGUGGACGUUACUGUGAAUCAUUGUUAGAAAAGAUUAUGGAAAUAAAUCGUCAAGACUGCAUUAUGUGAUAGAUUUAGGGGAAGUGUUACGUUAACUUGUGUUUUAAAUAGCUACACAGGAGUUUGUUUGUUAUUGCGGCAUUGAUACGUGCCUGUUACAUUUGUUUAAUGUUUGGUAUAGAUACACCUUUGAAAUUCUUUAACGCGGGUAUACAGCUGAGCUUCCAAAGUAUUUUGAUUUAAGGUAUUGCACCCAUAAUGACCAUCUGUAAUUUGUUUGCGAAAUCAUAUAUAGAACAUAUAUAAGUAAUUGUACAGAAAUUGUUGAUUGUCAACAUGGGUGCGCUACCUUAAAUUGAUUCAUAUUUUAAAUAUCCUUUAGUAAAUUUAUUGAAGUUCAGGACUGAGAAAUUAUUAGAAUAUUUGUAUGGGACUAAAUUUCAUGGAUUUCUUGGUUGCAUUAGUGCGUGAAAUUUGAUCCAAGCGAAGUAAUGCAUUAAAUUCAAUCCAAACAAAUACGAUAUUUCCAUUUUUAAUUUCAUCUCAAAAAUGUUUUUAAUCGGGCAGUUUAUGUCCCCUCGAACAGACAUUUUAUGCUGAAACCACGAAAUUUUAUGCCUGCAAAAUUAAAAAAUUUCAGAGUACAUUGAAAAACUUAGUUAGAUAAUAACUUGUAUAACUAUAAAUAAACUGAAUAUCUUUAUACAUUAAAUUUUAGAUACGAUGCAAAUUCAUUGUUAAGACACCUUACUUCUGAAUUGGUAAACAAUAUUUGACUACAAAGGUUAGUUUUGAUUUAACUAUACAGGAUUGCUGCUAAAAGCAUGAAAAGACCUAGAGGCUGAACCUUUUGUGGGCCUCUGGAAAAUGCUGGCUUGAAAGAAUUUGUAUAGUUUUUCUGUUACCAAAAAGGGAACCAAAAUAAUUGUCUUGGUUUACCUGAUUGUAGCUGUGUAAACAAGUGGUUUACAUUGCCCAUUUGUUAAAGAUAGUUGAUAACAAAUUGUCUGAUUACAAAAAAAAAAAAUGCAUUUUAAUGUUUUAAUGCAUUUUGAAUUUACAUAUGGCUCAAUGUCUAAACAUGAUAUUCCUUUUUUAGCUCACCUGUCACAAAGUGACAAGG